CUGAGUCACCUUCAUUCCCUCCAGUGUCUCAAAAUGUGCCCGGGAAGCAUGAUGUCUUCCAGCCCUGAGGCAGAGAAGCCCGAAGAGCCUGGGCUGGACUGCGAGCCCCAGCCGUGGCAAUGCUUGGUGUCCUACCUGUGCUUCUACGGCUUCAUGGCGCAGAUGCGGCCUGGGGAGAGCUUCAUCACACCCUACCUGCUGAGGGACAAGAACUUCACACAGGAGCAGGUCACCAACGAGAUCACGCCGAUGCUGUCCUACUCGUACAUGCUGGUGCUGGUGCCCAUCUUCCUGCUGACCGACUACCUGCGCUACAAGCCAGUGCUGCUGCUGCAGGGUCUCAGCUACGUGUCCGUGUGGCUGCUGCUGCUGUUCGGCGGCUCCGUGCAGCACAUGCAGCUCAUGGAGUUCUUCUACAGCAUCACCAUGGCCGCGCGUGUCGCCUACUCUUCCUACAUCUUUUCACUUGUGCGCCCUGCACGCUACCAGCGCAUGGCUGGCUACUCACGCGCUGCCGUGCUGCUGGGUGUCUUCACCAGCUCAGUGCUGGGCCAGCUGCUGGUCUCCGUGGGCAGGGUCUCCUUCGCCACACUCAACUACAUAUCGCUGGCCUUCCUCGUCUUCAGCCUGCUGCUUGCCUUCUUCCUCAAGCGCCCCAAGCGGAGCCUAUUCUUCAACCGCAGCAGUGCGCCCCUACGUGGAGCCAUGCCCUCAGAGCUGCAGCCCGUGCAGCCCGGCCCCGCCCCGCGCGGGAAGCUCCUGGCUGCUUGCAGGGACUGUAUCCUGGUGCGCAUGCUGCAGGAGCUGGGGGCCAGCCUGCAGCUGCCACAGCUGCGCCUCUGGUCGCUCUGGUGGGUCUUCAACUCGGCCGGCUACUACCUGGUUGUCUACUAUGUGCACAUCCUAUGGAACACACGAUACCCCGCCACCGACAGUGCGCAGGUCUACAAUGGUGCAGCCGAUGCUGCCUCCACGCUGCUGGGUGCCAUGACAUCUUUCGCUGCUGGCUUCGUAAAGAUCCGCUGGGCCCUGUGGUCCAAGCUGGUCAUUGCCUGUGUCACCGCGGCUCAGGCCGGCCUCGUCUUCCUGCUGUGGAAUGUGGUCAGCAUCUGGCCUUGCUAUGGGGCCUUCGUGCUCUUCCGUGGCUUCUACCAAUUCCUCGUGCCCAUUGCCACUUUUCAGAUUGCGUCCUCCCUGUCAAAAGAACUCUGUGCCCUGGUUUUUGGCAUCAAUACAUUCUUGGCCACCAUUCUCAAGACCAUCAUCACCCUCAUCGUCUCAGAUAAGAGGGGCCUGGGCCUUUCAGUCUACUUACAGGGUUUGCAUCCACCCCUCUGCACUGAUUCUGAGAGCUGUGUUCCUGCCACUCCCAAGGGACAAGCCAGGUCCGGCCUGUGGGGCACCCUCAGCGUUGGGUCAGAGCCUGCAGAGAGCACCAAGUAUAAGGGUCUUGAGGUAAGAGUCUAUGGAGACUGCUGGCUGUGGGGACACCCCUGGAGAAUGUCCAUACACAGCUGUGUAUACACCUGUGCCCCCUCAUCAGGGUCUGCCAGCUGGGCAGUCCAGGGACAAAAGCUCUCCAGGACUUGCUGUGGAUAAUUUUGCCCUUCUGAGACAGUGACGGCCGCUAGUAAACCACAUGUCAGUGUAAUGGUCAUUUUUAUUCAGUAUCUGUUUGAACUCACGCCUCACAUGCCAUAGAACCAGCCCCACAGGGUUGCUGCAUUCCUGAGACAGGUCCAUGCUGGCCAUGCUGUGGUCAGCCGGGUGCUGCCCUGGGCACACAUGCUCUAUAGAAUAGCACUGUUGUGCACACCGGGCUGAGGACUGAGGUUGCACCACUGUGGCCACUCAGCCUGCCCUUAGUGACCCAUGGCAGGGUGAGGAAAAUAGGCUUUCUAGGAGACAGUCGGUGACCUGUGUCCAUGGCCAACCUAUCAAUGUGUUGGUGUGGACAGAUGCUGCUGGCCUCUUAAUCACUGCCCUGUGUACCAGCCUUAGCCUCCUUAGCAUGGCCUUGUUCUGUCCUGGCACUUGGCUGGGCAGUGCCAGUUACGAUCCGCCCCCUGGCCAGGGCCCCUGGGCUGCUAACCCUUUGCUCCCUGGAUUUUCAGAGCCCUGUGGCUCUGCACAGGUAAACUCAGGAAACUGGCAUGUUGGAAUUGCUUUGAGUUUAGCUGGGUAGGAGUCAGUGUUAAGCACUCCACCCUGGAAGAGGGGUACACAGGAAGCUGCCACAUGCUGACUCCCAGCCAGAUGUGGCCAUGGUUGGCCUCUCUGCUGUACACACGGGUCACUUGGGAGACCAUCAAGGGGCAGAGAGGCCCCAAAUGCCAGGGUGGGCAGCAGACAGAGUCUGUUCUCAGCCCUAUAUGGUGCUAGGGACUGGCCACAGUUGGAAACCCACUCAGACCAGGGCUGAGGAGAGGCAGGUGCUGCACCCUGGUGAUCUGAGCCUGUUCUCUGCUCCUGGUGCAGCUGCUCCAGAGGAGAAGGGAGCCCUGCGGAGCAUGACCUGGCCCCAGUGCCUUGCAGAGGUCUGGGUAUUGUGCACAGGAAGGUGCCAGGCAGAAAACUGAGUCAGUGCCUGGCAAGUGAGUGAGGGCCCAGAGGAACCCAACGUCAGGGGCAUGGCUCCCAGAGCAGGAAUUUGGAGCUGGCCUCUGGCUGAGAUGGAGCCGUGGUCUGAUGUGGACUGAGAGGCUCCACUUGGCACUGAAGACAACGCUCCCAGGUGACCAGGCCAGGCCUGUGGGCUCCCGGGUCCCCCAGGAAAAGGGGCAUCUUGUCAUCAAGCUUCUGUUUUAAACUUUUUAAAAAAUACAAUCUUUGGCUUCCUUUUAUUUCUUGAGGAUUACAUAAAAUGUGAUCUACAUGGGGACAUGCCCCAGCCAGGUCCCUAGGUGCUGGCCAGAUGCUCCCUGUCCAUGGCGAGGGCUUGCUUUAGCCCUUGCCACCCGUCCUCCCAGCCGUGCAUGUCUGGACGCAGGCCUACUGGGAGGCAGUCCCGAAGCUGUUCUCAAUGCAGAGCACGAUGUAGGUGCUGUGGCAGCUCACAGCCUUCUGGCCCAGCAGCCUGCCCGCCAA